UCUUCCUUAUCAACUCGAGCUCCUUAAUUAUAUAUAUAUUUCACAAAAUUAAUUAUAUAUGUGCCUGAAUUUUCACUACUUCUCACGUAGGCGUAGGCAGAGUUUCAGGGUGUUCUCCAAGGCCGAUCCCAACUACUCCCUCACAAUCCUAGAUGGGCGCGUCAUUCUUUGCAGAUCUGAUCCGUCCGAUGAGUUCCAGCACUGGUACAAAGAAGAAAAGUACAGCGCAGGAGUGAAGGACGAUUACGGGUUUCCCAGCUUUGCUCUUGUAAACAAAGCCACUGGUCAGGCCAUCAAGCACGCCAUUGGAGACACUCAUCCUGUGCAGCUGAAACCUUUUAGGACUGAUGUUCUUGACGAGUCCAUCCUGUGGACUCAGAGCAGUAACUUGGGUGACGGCUUCCGAGCCAUAAGAAUGGCUGAUAACACUGCACUUAAUAUGGAUGCUUUUGUCGGCGAAAAAAAAUACGGAGGUGGUACUGGGCUUAAUGGCACUAUUAUUGGGCUGUGGCAGUGGCACGGCGGCGAUAACCAGCAAUGGACGAUCAUUCCCCACUGAUCUCAUCAUCUCUGUGCUCUGCCGCCGUUGCCAUUCAUAUAUAUAUAUAUAUGACCAGCAAUGGACGAUCAUAUUUAUAUCAUUUCUCUAAAUUAUAUAUAUAUAUAUAUGGGUUGGGAGGAAAACCUCUAUAUUUCAGUCUCAACGCCGGCUGUUGCUUGUUGUAAUAAGAUUAUUUUGAUGGUGUAAAAUAUCUUUAUCUUGUUGAUACUAAAUAAUAUUAAUCUAAAAAACUAACAAUAAGAUAAAUAGAAUGAAAUGAAUUAAAAUUA